CAUUACAUCUUUUUAUGGAGGGGUUAAAGAUAGUAUUCAAAUAGUAUCUGCAUCUGUUCGCCACACCCACAGCCGAUUACGUCACUAGUAGACGUGCAGCAUUGGUUGGCUGGCAGUAUGCGCAUGCGCUCUACCAGGAUCAAGUGUUUUAGGCGGUUUAUCCGGGUUAAGUUUCCCAGUCAAACUUCAACUUCUGAAGUUCAGCUUUCUAAAUCAGCUUAGCAUUUAUGUUUGUUCUAAAUUUUUAGUACUUUUACAUUUAUAGCAUAAAAUGAAUCGUAUCUUCUGUUCGAAAUGGUUUGUGUCCAGCGUGUCCUUGGCUGUCGGAACCGGCGUGGGAGCCUCCAUCAUGGCCGCAGUGUAUACGUAUAACUGCAACGAAAAGCACCACUCGAUAAUAAGCGGACUUCUCGGUCGCGUCCCUGUCAUUCCCGUCCCCAGCGUAGAAGCGGCCACUGACUUGGUCCAGUAUCAGUCAGGACAAGUGGGGACAUCCAGGGCCACGGCGGUGAUGAAGUACGGAUUCCCAUCCCUGUCCAAUAUUAAGACGCGGGAGUCCUACGUCGUGUGCUAUGAUCCCAGGAACAGGACCGCCCAGUGGGUGAUCGAGCAGCUCAGCGCGGACGGCAUCAACGGCCCUUCAAACCGAAAGUACUGCGAGUUCAAAGAGGAUGACUCCGUGCACGAAUACCAUAGGGCGACUAACGAGGACUACAAACAGAGCGGGUUCGACAGGGGACACCUCGCCGCCGCCGCGAACCACAAAUGGAGCCAAAAAGCCAUGGAUGACACGUUCUAUCUGAGCAAUAUUUCACCGCAGAAUCCACAUUUAAACCAAAAUGCAUGGAACAACUUGGAGAAGUACUGUCGCUCGCUUACUAGACAGUACCGGAAUGUGUUUGUGUGCACCGGCCCACUGUACCUGCCCAGGCAAGAGCUGGAUGGAAAGACGUACGUGAAGUAUCAAGUGGUUGGCAAGAACAGUGUUGCUGUCCCCACUCAUUUCUUCAAGGUGGUAAUUCUGGAGACCCCCAAAGGUGAGGUGGAGCUGCGGUCCUACGUGAUGCCCAACAUGCCCGUGGAUGAGAAGAUUCCCCUAGAGCGCUUCCUUGUACCAGUGGAGAGCAUAGAGAGAGCUUCUGGACUACUGUUUGUGCCCAAUAUCAUGAAAAGAACAAAUAGCUUACGUGCAAUAACAGCAGGAAGCAAAUGAAGAUGUCAGUUUUUCCUCUGUUAAAUAAGGGAUGUCUCUAACUUUAUUUUGGAUGUAAGACAGUUAUGUUUUAGAAAACUACUGAAACUCCAUCAUAAGCUACUCAACAGCUGUCAAAAGUGAGCUCAGGAUCUAAAGCACUGUUUGCAGUGGAUGUCUAAAUACUGGAAUUUUAAAUGUUUGAGUACUACAUCUCCAACUUUGUAUUCAUGCAGUAUGACAAGAUAUGCUGUAGAUACAGGUUGUAAUUUUUUUUUUUUUUUUUUUUUUACAUGGGGUGGCAAACAGUAUUAUGGUCAAGGACUGUUGCCUUGCACUGUGAAGGUUCCUCAGGGGAAUCCUAUUAACGAACAAUGUUACUGUAUGGAAACACUGCUGUAUAAAUGAUUUUGUGAUGCUUUCUAGUUCUGCACCUUGAACAGAUGCAUAGACUAAAGCAUAUGUUGCACUGAAGCUCAAAACUACGUAAACUCUACUCCCCCCCAUGGUUGCUUGUAGUGCAUGAUUAGCCACAUUACUUCAUUUGUCCCAACUAAUAGUGUGGUGGGACAUCAGCUGCGUGACAAACAGCUCUGGGUACUAGUGUUAAUGAGCAAUAAAAUCACUGAAAAGCUAUAGAGUAGUCACUACAAGUCUCAGCUUAUUAAAAUUCAGUGCACACUUGCAUGUGAAGUACAAUAUUGUCUUACUAAAGAUUUUACAAACAAAUCUCAAUUAC